UAUAAUUCUCCAACCCUCAUUUUAAAUAUUUUUAGGCAAAAAUCAAAAAUCCUUAUAAAAUAUAUUAAAUGAAUCGAAAUAAUAUUAAUAUAAAUAAAUCAAUCAUGCAAUCCUAAGGAAAUUCUUUUACAGAAGUAUACGAAAACCAAUUAUGCGUAUCAAUUUAAACACACACACAGGUAGUUGAAAAAAGACUGUAUACAACUAGUUUUAAAAAAAAAAAAUCAUCAUUGCUAAUAAUUUUAAUCUUGUUUGAUGUAAUCUACUGCAUUGCCUGAAACCCAUUAUACUUAAAACGAUUCUAUAAAUAGAAAUUAAAAUCAAUCAAUUCAAAAUUCCAAAAAAGAAAUAUGAUAAAUAUUCCUGGUGUGAUCGGAGUAAUUAUAUUCUAUCUAGUGAUAUUAUUCGUUGGCAUUUGGGCCGGACGCAAGUUUAAAAGGAAAGGCAUCAACCCCGAUUCCGAAGAACUUAUGUUAGCCGGAAGAAACAUUGGAAUAAUUGUGGGAAUUUUUACUAUGACAGCCACCUGGGUUGGAGGCGGUUACAUAAAUGGAACCGCAGAAAUCGUGUACAGUUCGGGUCUAAUCAUGUGUCAGGCUCCCUUUGGAUAUGCGUUGAGCCUUGUAAUAGGAGGUAAAUUUUUCGCCAAGAAAAUGAGACAAGAAGGAUACGUGACUAUGUUAGAUCCCUUCCAAAAAAAAUUCGGUAAAAGAAUGGGUGGCUUGUUGUUUUUGCCAGCGUUGUUAGGUGAAGUGUUUUGGUCGGCGGCUAUUCUAUCUGCAUUAGGUGCAACGAUAAGUGUGAUAAUUGAUAUAAACAAUACCACAGCCAUAAUUGUUUCUUCGGCUAUUGCGGUUUUUUACACACUUUUCGGAGGGCUGUAUGCCGUUGCUUAUACAGAUGUAGUGCAAUUGAUAUGCAUAUUUGUUGGCUUGUGGAUCUGUGUACCAUUCGCUCUACGCAAUCCAUUAGUAGAUAAUCCUAUGAAAUAUAAAAAACAUUGGAUUGGACAUCUUGAGCCUAUACUUAUUGGUCAAUACGUUGAUGCAUAUCUUUUAUUGACUUUUGGAGGUAUUCCAUGGCAGGUUUAUUUUCAGAGAGUCUUAUCAGCCAAAACAGCCUAUAAAGCUCAGCUUUUAUCCUACGUUGCCGCUUUAGGGUGUUUUAUUAUGGCUGUACCAUCGGUUAUCAUUGGUAUCGUAGGAUAUUCCACGAGAUGGAACGAAACAACAUAUGAUGGUCCUAUACCGAUACCCCCGGAAAAUGAAAAAUUAAUUUUGCCAUUAGUUCUUCAAUAUUUAACACCACCUGUAGUGACUUUUAUAGGUUUAGGCGCUGUUUCUGCAGCUGUCAUGUCCUCAUCUGACUCUUCCAUUCUAAGCGCUGCGUCUAUGUUUGCUAGAAACAUUUACAAAUUACUCAUACACCAAAAAGCUACAGAUCGAGAAGUGAUUUGGGUUAUGCGGAUAGCUAUAAUUGGUGUAGGGGUACUUGCUACAGUUCUCGCGAUAUCGAUAACAACAAUAUAUGGUUUAUGGUACCUUUGUGCUGACUUAGUGUAUGUCAUAUUGUUUCCACAACUUGUAUGUACAGUUUACUAUCCUGUUAGUAACUUAUAUGGAUCUCUUUCGGCGUACUUUAUUGGCCUUUUAUUCAGAUGCCUUGGAGGAGAACCUUUGCUCCAUUUACCCAUUGCAUUAAAAUACCCAUAUUAUUCGGAUAAAUAUGGACAAUUAUUCCCGUUUAAAACAUUUUCCAUGUUACUCAGUCUGAUUACGCUACUUGGAGUAUCGUUCAUCACCGAGUACAUAUUUGUCAACAACUACUUACCCCCCAAAUUUGACUUUUUAGAAUGCAUCGUUAAUAUUCCGGAAGAUGUUAUUCAAGUCAAAGAACCUCAAGAAGGUGAGAUGAUAGCUUUAAACUCUCCCUAUAGGAAAUACCUUAAAAAUGAUGACGAAGAAAAAGGUGAAGAUAACCCAGUCUUCGACGAUAAAGAUGAUGUGAAAUACAAUGAUGUUAAACUAUCAAAUCAAACCUCUAUAUUUAUGCGUAGAACUUCAUCGAAUUCCAUGGCUAACGGUAUUAAAAAGGAAUCUAUUUAAUAACAUCCACCCCCCCCCCAUCCCACCCUACUCGAUUAAAUCUUUUUAGGAAAAAUAUUUCAGAAUAAAUGUAACAUAUUUGUUUAGCUUUAAUUUCUAAUGCACAAUCUUUAUAAAUAUUUUAAAAAGAAAAACAAUUAAAUUAUUUGUCUAAAAAUAUUAUAUCUAAUAUAUCGAUUCCUCUACUCUAAAUGAAUCACAGAUUCAUCUCCUUGCUUUUUUGCUUAUUGUUUUUAGUCACCUAUAUAUUUACAUAUUUAUAUUGUGUCAAUGUUAAACAACCCCCAAAUCAGUUUAAGUCAAAUUAUUUGUGAUUUUUAUAUUGUAAUAAAAAAAAAUAUAAAAAACUUAAUAAGUUAAUAUAAUACCAAGAAAUAUUUUAUAAUCAGAUUGUAAUAAUUCAAGGAACUCAUAUAUUGUAAACAUUUCCGAUAAA